UCUUUUGUAUGCAUAUGGCUUCUUCGGAUCCCCGCACCGAGGUGUCAUCCAAUCUCGUCGAACACCAUGGCUACACUGUCGCCCACCAUCCACAUACUGGACAAGGCUAACUAUUCGAAACAUCGUCUCGUCACCCGCAAAAAUGAACCUCCAACUCCGCUUGCCCCAUCAUCCAUUCGCCUCCGGCCCAGGAUGCUUGGUCUCACGACUAACAAUCUUACUUAUGCUCGUCUGGGUCAUCUGAUGGGCUGGUACGACGUAUACCCUCUACCUCGAAAUAUACCGGAGCCAUACAACGAUGGCGAGGCGUUUGGUCGCAUUGCCGCCUGGGGCUACGCGGAGAUCACUGAGUCCACUGUUCCUGAGAUCUCUUCUGGACAGACUGUAUUCGGAUAUCUUCCUGUCAGCACUGGAGUAGAAGACGUAUGUGUUAGCUUUGCCGAACAUGAAGGCGAGCAAAUCCAGGAUCAUAUUAUCAUCAAGAACAAGCAUCGACAGCAUCUCUUGAAAAUUUACAACAGAUAUCAAGUUUGCGCCUCGCUAUCUGAGCUCGAGAAAGUCAAGAGUGUCGACUCCCUGGGCUGGGAUGCCCUCAUGCAAGUGCUCUUCGGAACAUCCUACAAUCUAAAUAUGUACGGAUUCGCCUGGGAAGAAGGAAACAGAAUCCAUCCUAGUGCCCAAGGCGAAUGGAGCACUGCAGAUGCAGAUCUGCGGGGAGCCACUAUCGUAAUCCUCAAUGCUUCUGGCAAGACUGGAAUGUCAUUCGCGUACAGUCUUCGCCACCACCGCCCCAAAGAACACCAACCUAAGACGAUCAUUGGUGUUGCGUCACCUGCGUCAGUGUCUCAAAUCUUACAGAGUGGUCUCUACAACAAAGCCGUACUGAACUCGGAUUUCGAAAGCACCUCCGCAGACAUAGACCAGUCCGAUGCCCGCCGCACACUGCUCUUCGACUUCGGCGCCCGAAAAGACGCAAACGUUCUGUGGAAAUCUUGCUUGUGUUCAAAUUCCGUCCCCUUUACCCUCAUCACCGUUGGAGGAGAAGUUAUGAUUCAAGACCCAGAGGCGAUAGCUAGCAGAUCUGCCAACAUCGGUGCCCUCAACAUUGUCAAUGCGUCGCUGCUACGGGAGAAGGGCAUUGAGGUCGGAGGCGAAAAGUACUUCGAAGAAUUCAGUACAGCAUUCGAUGAAUUCAAAGGGAAGGUCAAAGGCCUGAGACUCCAAUGGGGCGAGGGAAUGGAGGAGUGGGAACAAGGCUGGGAGGCCUUUUGUAGGGAUGAAGUACGAGCUGAUACGGGGCUUGUGUAUCGUCUCUAGAGAAUGGAUAAGGGAAGUACAUGUUGUCUGCGCGGAGAAUCUUUGGCCGUUAUAGGUGUGUGUUUAUUAGUUGGUAGAUAAUGACCAUUCGAAUAGUUACAUGUAUUUUAGUAGUUUCCCUACGCUAACGAAUUCACAGAAUGCUCUGUUCACCUCCUUACCUUGUAUUCGACCUAGAGUAGAAACAUAUGUAGUUAUUCUUCAGUGAGCGACUUUCUCCUUAUGGAGCAUCUAGCAAUCUCUUAUAAGGGAUAGCUGACUCUGUGAAUGUUGUAUUAUCUAGAUCUAUCCCAACCCAAUUGCUUGUACACUAUCCCAAUCAUUUUU